UAUUUUUUGGUAUUUAAGAUUUGUAUUGAUUGACUUCGUUUCUAGUUGCACACACAGAUGGGCACCUGACAUUUGUAUUUAAUGUGGCCAUAGCUUCCAAGUCCCAGAAUCCCGAUAACACAUAAAGAACCUUAUCGCGCUGUAAUUGUUAUCGAUCUUACCAAUCCAUCGAAUUGGCUUUGUUUACUUUUGAAAUUUUAAAAAUAUUGACAAAAAUCGCCCGGUUCAUCCAAAAUGUGGGCACCAGCCUCCGAAGACAGCUAUUUUGCUAAUAUGGAAUACAGCAAGAACGUGGUGAAUAUUCUGCCCAGUGCCGAGAUUUUGGUUUCUUUCAGGGGCGAAAUGAUGCGACCUAACAAGCGGGCUUGUUUACUGUACGCGGAGAGAAUGGAUUUCAAAGAGCUUAUUCAACUUCGCCUAGCUGAGAAAACUGACCAGCGGCGAAUGUAUAUCACCACUGUGGAUAGCGCCUCCUUCAAUGAACUCAAACAGGAUCAAUCGCUGAAUGUGACUUUCGCUGGCUUCAUGGAGAAUGUGGUGCGCAUGUUAAAGGAUUGCCAAUCCGGGAAACUUGAGCUCCACUUAUCCGCCAGGGAUCAAAACGCAUCAUCUGGAAGUGGUGGCCAAUCCCAUGACUAUCACCUACAGUUUGUGGAAAUAAGAUCCUUUAAAAACCUUGUCCACCUGUGUCUACCCUGCCGAUCGGCUCCUUUAAAUACUGUGUUAUUCUACAUAAAUAUUAUGCUGGAUGCGUCUCAUAAAAAGCAAUUUAUGUUAGAGCAGAAUGUGCAGCAACUACAGGUGGAAAUCAACUCCCAACGAUCCCAUAUGGACCGGUUGAGCACCGAAAACAGCAAACUAAGAGAAGCAUUGUCGGAAAACACUCGAAUGCUUGAGGAAAAGCAUGCCACCGAGGUUCAACAGUGGCAAGAAAAACUAUCCAAAGUAAACGAACAGCGCAGUAAUGAACUUGAAAGAAACCGCCGAGCUAUCUCCGGUCUGCAGUCCCAGCUUGAAAAGGCCACCCUCGACAAAAACGAUCUUAAAAAUCUUCAAGAACAGACUGAAAAGCGUUGUCAAGCUCUAAGUGAUGAGUUGUCCUCAUUUCAGUCCAGAGUUGGAACUUUAAAAGAUCAGAAUGACAAACUGCAAGUUGAUAUUCUUAACGCAAGGAAACAGGAGCGAAAACUGGAGUACAAAAUCGAGGACCUCAAACAGCACACCUCGGAACUGCAGGAAAACAUACAGAAGGGAAAUAAAGAGAAGGCUAAUAUUGCCGCAGAGCUUGAGGCUGAGAAAAAAAUCCUUCACACCAAGCGGCAAGCUCUGGAAAUGGCUUCCGAAGAAAUUUCCAAAGCGAAUCAGAUUAUACUGAAGCAGACCCAGGAACUACUCAACCACAAGAAGACCAUAGCCUGGCGUACUGAAGUGGCACUGCAGCAAGAGAAAGCAGUCCAGGAGAAAGAAAAGCUGUUGGCAUUAAGGGAAGAUGAGCUUCGGCAGGCUAGAAUAACAAUCGAAAAGCUUCGGGAAGAAAUUCCACAGCAACUACAAACUAUGCGCCAAUUUGCCCAAGGCCUGGAGCAAAAAUAUUCCAAACAGAUACUCACACUAAAAGAACGAUUAAACAUACCCACCGGCAAGGAAAAUCGCCGAUAGUUUUACUUAUUGUUAAUUUAUUCUCGUUUUGUACAAGUUUAGUAAAAGUAAUUGUAUUGUUCGGCUCUAGUCAUAA